AGAUACUCGGGAGGCUGAGGCGGGAGGAUCACAUGAGCCCAGGAGGUCGAGGCUGCAGUGAGGCUGAUUGCGCCACUGCACUCCAGCCUGGGCAACUGAGCAUGACCCCUCCUCAAAGCUAAUGGCGCUUCAUAAUUCUGCAGUUCAAGGAAGUUGCUGCGGUCGCGGGGCGGAGAACCGCCAGGAGGCUGGAGUCCAGGCAGCCUUCUCUGACACACGGUGAAGGCGCCGGAACUACAGCUGCCAUCGCGGAGCCGCUUCGGCCGCCAUAUCUGGGUGCACGGGAACUCGCAGAGGACAAACUCCCACGCGCGUUUUCGAUUUCUGCGCUUUCCUCGAGUGAGGCAAGACCUAGCAGAGGCCCAAGCCUGUCCCUCCCUGCCAGGAGCAGUCUCAUGCGGACCGAGCUGCUACGCGGGGCAUCCCCUCUGCUGGUGCCCGGCGACCCCUACUCCGUGGUGGUUCUGCUGCAGGGCUACGCGGAGCCCGAGGGGGUGGGCGACGCCGUGCGCGCCGACGGCUCCGUGACCCUGGUCCUACCCCAGACCCGGGGCCCGGCCUCCAGCCACCGAGAGUCCCCGCGCGGGAGUGGCGGCGCAGAGGCCGCCCUGGAGGAGGCGGCCCGUGGCCCCAUCCUGGUGGACACCGGGGGCCCCUGGGCUCGGGAAGCGCUGCUGGGGGCGCUGGCGGGGCAGGGAGUGGCCCCGGGAGACGUGACGCUGGUGGUGGGGACCCACGGGCACUCGGAUCACAUCGGGAAUUUGGGGCUGUUCCCAGGCGCGGCUCUGCUGGUCUCGCACGACUUCUGCCUUCCCGGAGGCCGCUACCUGCCCCACGGGCUGGGUGAGGGGCAGCCCCUGCGCCUGGGCCCGGGGCUCGAGGUGUGGGCCACGCCGGGCCACGGGGGCCAGCGCGACGUGAGCGUGGUGGUGGCCGGCACGGCUCUGGGCACCGUGGUGGUGGCGGGAGAUGUGUUUGAGCGAGAUGGGGACGAGGAUUCGUGGCAGGCACUGAGUGAAGACCCCGCAGCCCAGGAGCGGAGCCGGAAGAGGGUCCUGGUCGUUGCCGACGUGGUCGUACCUGGUCACGGGCCCCCCUUUCGAGUGCUAAGGGAAGCCUCGCAGCCGGAGACGAAGGGUGGAGGGAACAGCCAGCAGGAGCCGGUGGUCGGAGACGAGGAGCCCGCCCUGCACUAAUCAGCCCCGAGAGGGACUGGACUCUUGUCAGGGAAGCCCUAACAGCGAGGAGCUGCUGGAGACAGAGUCAGAGCAGUCAAGGGUGGGAGCUUCCAGCCCUUCCAGGAGGCCAGUUUUCCAGUGAGGACAGAGUGCACCUGACACUGCCAUCACAUCGUCAGUAUCACUGCCUGUCUCUGCCACCAAACUAAGAUCAAAGGACGGGCUCAGCUCCCUGUGCAUUCUCCCUGGACCUCAGUAAAAUGGGAGAAGGUUCCUGGGAGGGGCCUCCAAAAUAAAAACGGAAACUGCGUUGAAAAUCA